AUGCUGCAAGAUAAAACCAAUCAAGAUCCAGAACCAUUACCCACAAAAUUUCCCGCAUCACAAGAAACUACGCCUUCUGGUAGUAGUAGCAAUAGUGGCUCAACUGUGGUGGUGCCACCCAUACAAACUCCUCAAUUUCAAAACAUUAAACAUGAAAUAGAAUUUGAAGGUGAAAUAUUGACUAUAGAUUCAACAAAUUGGCGUAAUUCCCGACUUUUAAAAUUACAAAUAUUGGUUUCAUUUGGGGUAUUUAUUUUAUUUGGAUUGGCAGAACAAACUGUGGGGACAAUAAUCCCAAAAUUACAACAUGAUUAUUCAAUAAACGAUAUUCAAAUUAGUUUUAUAUUCUUCUGUUCCGUCAGUGGUUAUUUAUUGACAGCAAUGAUAAAUAGUAUAACUCAUGAAUAUUUAGGUAUACGCGGUGUAACGGUUCUAGGAUCUACAUCAAUGGCUUUAAGCUACUUGAUUGCUUCUCAUAAGCCACCAUUUGUGAUUUUUCUAAUGUGUUAUUUUAUGAGUGGUGUUGGGUUUGGUACUUUAGAUGCUUCAAUAAAUACUUGGAUGGGAAAUCUUGUUGAUUCAAAUCAAUUAUUGGGUAUCGUUCAUGGGUGUUACGGAAUAGGGAGCUUGAUUUCUCCAAGUUUGAUAUCAUAUUUAUUAUCUAAAUCUAAUAAUCCUUGGAAAUGGCCGAAUUAUUAUGUUAUAUUGAGUGUUGUAGCAGGGUUUUGUUUGGUAUCAUUGAUCCUCACGUUUAAAUAUGAAACUCCCAAGAAGUACAAAUACAUAUCGCAAUUACGCCAUCAACAACAGAAGCAACAAGGACAAACACAAAAAGAUGGAAGUAUUGAAUUAGAACAUUUUACUGGUAUUCACGGAAGUACUACUAAAGAUAGUUUUGAUUUGGAAGCUACUGUUGACGAUAAUGAAGAAUUAGAAGAGGAGGAGGAAGAUCAUCACUCAACAUCAGUGAGAAAAACAUUAUCAUCAACAUUGGUAUGGUCAUUUGCAUUGAUUUUAUUUAUUUAUGUUGGUGGUGAGGCUGCAUUUGCUGCUUGGUUAGUGACAUUUUUACUAAGGAUUAAGAAUUUGGAUUAUAAAACUGCAUCUUAUAUGGCUACGACAUUUUGGUCUGGGGUCACUAUAGGAAGAAUUGGUUUAGGAUUUGUGACUGCUCAUUUCUUUAGUAGUGAAUUAUGGGCUAAUCUUAUUUAUAUUUUAGUGUCAUUUUUAGGAUGUUUAUUGUUUUGGGUUUUAACUUUUAUUGAGACCAGUACUUUGUUAGUAAUUGUAUUGUUUUUGGUAGUACUUGUUACUGGGAUUGCUAUUGGUCCAAUAUUCCCGACCACCAUUGUAUCACUGGUCAAUAUAUUACCUGCCAAAUAUCAAACAUCAGGUAUUGGAUUUAUUUGUGCGUUUGGUGGUGGAGGUGGAGCAGGAAUUCCAUUUUUAAUUGGGUUAUUGGCAGAAUCAAGUGAAGUUGGUUUACGAACUUAUCCUUUGAUUAUUAGUCUAAUGUUUGGUAUAUUACUUGGAGUAUGGAUAUUGAUUAUGCAAAAAUAUUCAUCAAAAUAUAAACGAAAUACAUUAUAA